AUUACAAUUGAAAACAGAAGAUUACAAACGCGCCCUGCAAAGCACCGAGUCUGCAACAAUGGCGGACUUCAUUGAACUAGUGGAAUCUAGCCGCUGGCUGAUCGAUCGUGCCCUGAGCAGCCAGGAAAGCGACGACUUUCUCAACCUAGAAACGGAGCAAUAUCAAGCUGCGGCACCCGCCGCUGUUGCCAACGACAAUAUUUUGCAUGCACUGGUGAACGACGAAUCUACGUAUACGAGUGAAUCCACGAGUCCGUUUUUGAGCAAAUCGGCGGAAGCGGAGCUCUAUCUUUUGGCGACCAAUUUCUUGGUAGGUCGUGGUGUGUUCUUUGUUCGUUUCGUUUCGAGCGGCAUUGACUUGCUCGAGUUGGAUUGUGCGUGGCCACUCACAGCAUUGACUAAUGUUCAUUCCAAUUGUAUGAAUGGAUAGCUCUAUGUUGCUAUGGUUAUAAUUACCAC